AUGUCGAAGAAACUUCAUUCUAAAGCGUGCACGGGAACUUAUGCGAAUACCAGCAUUCGUCGAGGAGAAGUUCCAAGUGAUAAAAUUAGCUUCGCCACUCCGUUUCCGAACUACCAUCCGGUCGACUACACAGCUGAUUUUGUCAAAAGUGGACCAGUCUGGGCAGAUCCAGCCAACCCUAGUGUUUUAAAAUUCAACACCAUCGAUGGCGCAACAGACCGGACUUCCUUCGUCGGAUAUUCUGUCGAGAACGGCUUUCCUCAGAAUCCAAUUGGCAGAACUGGAGUCACAGGUCGUGGCAAUUUAGGAAAAUGGGGUCCAAACCACGCUGCCGAUCCAAUUCUUUCUUCAUGGAAGCGAGACGAGUGUGGAGAAAAGGUCUACGACCCGAUUUCAAGACGACCGAUUCUUCGAUUUGUCGCGAUUUUUAGAAAGAAAGACUCCGAAUGGGCUAUUCCCGGAGGCAUGUGCGACCCAGGCGAGAAUAUUUCGCAGACACUGAAGCGAGAAUUUGCUGAAGAAGCACUAAACAGCAACGAUUAUCCAGAACGAAAAGAAAUCGCCGAAAACAUCUUCAAAAAAGGCAUCAAAAUUUACCAGGGAUACGUCGACGAUCCUCGAAAUACCGACAACGCUUGGAUGGAGACACAAGCCUACAACUUCCACGACGAAAUCGGGAAGCUCGACUUUGUCAAACUCGAAGCUGGAGAUGAUGCAGCAGCCGUCAAGUGGACUGAUAUUUCUUCCGAUCUUGCGCUCUACGCUUCGCACAAGGAUUUCAUUGAAAAAGUCGCUAAAUUACAUGAUGCUCAUUGGUAA